AUGGUCAGGGUGCAAUGCACCGGCGAGGGUGGAGCGGAGGGGGAGGAUGCCGCGAAGGAAGAGGAGGGUAGCACUGGAUCGUCGUCGGAGGCGUCCUCCAUUUGCACGUCCUCUGGCUACCUGCCGGCCUGCCAGUCGGCAACAAUGGCAGUUAUAGCCUUCUUCUGCUCCGACUUUAGCGCGCGGCGUCCUGCAUGCUCUACAAAACGCGCGCGCCCGAGCCCACCAACCGCACACUCGAGCGUCUUCUUCUGCCCCGUCGUCCCCUUCUUCCUCGCAUCCAGCACCCCGCCGCCACUGCACCCUUCUCCCGACGCCGCCGCGCCUUCUCCCCCGCCGCCGACAUGCCACUGCACGCCCUGGAGUAGCUCCGGCUACCGCGGCGUCCGGCCCCGCCCCUCCGGCAUGUUCUACGCGGAGAUCCGGUCCGGUGGCAUGCGUCUCGGUCUCGGGACAUUCGAGACCGCCCACGAGGCCGCCCGCGCGUACGACGUGGCGGCGUGGCGCCUCUCGAGGCCACGCUCGCAGAUGAACUUCGACGACGCGCGGACGUGCCAGCAGGCACAGGACCUCGCGCCUCCGCCGCGGCUAAUAAUCAACGAGGACCGCCACGAACACUGUAGGACGUCGCCGUCGAGGAGGCCUUCUGGGUGGAGAGGAGGGCAAAGCGAGCCGCGGAACGGGCAGACAGGCGUGCGCGGAAGGCACUGGCGAUAG